CUAGCAACACAGCAGCAUCAUCAUCAUCAUCAUCUGCAGCAGCUUCACUCCUUUUGACUCUGCUAAAAGCUUGCUUGCAUAACUCACGCUUGCGCCAAAACACAUUAUCCCCACUCAUACACGGAGCAAAGCACCAUGUUGCCUCAGAUAGGGGUAUUACUCUUCUUCGGCCUUUGUGGCCGUGGGCCUCUGGCCGCAGCUGCCAUCACAGUCCCUGUCGAUCCGGAUGUUGACCCACUUCCGCUAUCGACCGCCGGUGCCGUGACGUCUGCGUCGGAGCUGCUCCGGCAAAGCUGUCCCGAAGAGUUCCCUCCGCGCACGCCAUACUCGCCAGAGCUUCUCAUGUCCUCCUUUGCCGAUUUUGGGGCUACUGGCGAGGACGUGUUUCCCAAUGGCACCGUCUUCCCAUCAUCGGACAGUCUCGUGAGAGGGGCAAUCGAGGCAUGGGGCCAGCACCAGAGCCUUGUCCUCCGGCCUGACGAGGUAUGGUUCGAGAUUCUGGUGCAGCUCAACUUCUACAUGACUGCGCACGCAGAAGACGUCAGGCACCUCUUCGUCGACUUUGAAGGCAAAGAAGAGAUCCAGGUGUGGCGUCUCUCGUGGCAUGACGUGAUUGCGGCGUUUGGGGGCGAGAUCCAGAAGAGGGUCAAGACCGAUUGGCUGCUGGACUGGAUCACGCCCAGCUUCACCACGACAGAUGAGACCGACGGCCUCACAGCCACCGUCUUGAUGAUGGGUUUGAUGCAGCAUUACUUUGAGUUCAGUGGGGGCAUCACCUGUGGCCUUCCCGAGGUGACGUUGCUGGGCACGAGAGACGACUGGGUGAAGCUGCUGAACAAGCUAGACCGGCUGAAGGAGUGGGGAGAGGAGCCGGCCGACUAUGCCGAGCGUCUGCGUCCCAUUCUCAAGCGCUUCGUCGAUACGUGGGACAACCCCGGCAGCGAAGAAACUAAGGACUUCUGGAAAAACAUUGUGCGGUCCCAGCGCCUGUUCUCCUGCGGUGGACCCCCUGACUACCGCAUCUCAGGGUGGAUCACCGGCUUCCUGCACUGGACAGCCGAGGGCUCGCUUCGCAUCCCGCGCAACGUCGAAAAGGAGUUCCAGCCCUCGGACGGCGACCUGGUGCUCGACGGCGUCCCGUAUUUCCCAGAGACGCUCAAGGACGUGCCCGUCGGCUACGCAAAGGCGCCGCUCAAGAUGAUGGACUACCCAAGUCCAGGGGCCAACUCCACGGCCUAUCUGUUGGCUGGCAACGUCGGCGUCCAGAGACUGGCGGUGACCUCAAGCGACGGACCGGGGCACGAGGACUGGAAAGUGACGGCGCAACCGAUGAGUGCGUGGUUCUUGUACGGGCCUGUGGACGCGACGGUCAAGGUCGGGCCGGGAUAUGGCAACGGGGAUGAGCUGCUGAAGAUGGCGGCGGGGCUGGGAAUGUGCGAGACGCAUAGCAAUACCACAGACGGUGAUGGCGAGGGACCUAUUCUGAUUGGCAUUGGAGACGAUGGCAGCGAAACAUCGUGGUGGUGAUGGCGAUGAUGGCGGUGAUCAUGAUGAUGAUCAUGAUGAUGACGAUGGUGGUGACACGAUACACGAUACUAUGUUGUAGUUGUCGUUGUUGCAGCGGUAGCAUCACAGCUGAUGACGACGACGACGAUGGUGAUGGUGAUAAUGAUGUAUGUAUGCAGUUGAUCUCAUGACUUGUGCGAGGUUCAAAAAAGGAAAGCCUGUGCUAUUCUUGGUUACGGCGCGGGAGAAUAAUUGAUCCCCAUCAUAAAGUGCUGCCAGCCCGCGCUAUUGAUUGCUUUGUAGGCGGUACUCCAACUUGCUACUGGCGAUGUAAGAGCUCUUUGAAAUAAUUGC